AUGGCAAAAGCCAUGAAGGCAAUGAAGGCCAGCAAAAGACCUGCGGCGAUGAAGAAGGUAGCCAUGAAGAAGCUCAAGUCCAAGGCCGUCGCGAGUAAGAGUCCAGUUUCAACUGGCAUUGGCAACUUCAAGAUCCGGAUCGGGAUCAUUCAUGGCAAGGUGUUCGACCCCAUCAGGGUCGGCACGCAAGAUCGGAAUUAUCCAGAGCACCUGAAAAUCAAGAACAACACGGGCCCCAAUGCAGAUGGCUGGGGUGGCCAGUUCAUGGCCGACGUGUCGACAGGUCUGAAGAUCAUGCGAUUGCAUCCCGACAUCUUCCACGUGGACUUCAUGACCAUGGAGCAGGUGACGGAGAAGCGACUCUCCAGAAAUCACCUGACCUUUAACUUCUGGGGUGACAUGAGCAUUGCCCUGAUGAAUGAAAAGCCAAAGCUGGCGCGGAGGUUGCAAAAGAUCCAGAAAAAUGCGAACUUUCGGCACCACCCUGUGUGGGACUACUACGAGUGGAUUCUGCACAAGUCGCGCUACAUGAAAGCAUGCGAACGCGCGGGGAUCCCCAUGAUUGACACCAUCCACUUGGAGAAGGGCUUCAAUGCUCGGGAGGUCCUGAAGAAGAUUGUUGCCAAGGGAUGGGACAAAUUCUUCGUGAAGCCGGCCUACAUGAGCUUCUUUGGUGCUGGCGUGAUCAACGGAAAGACACAAGACUUCAUUGACAACAUCGAGCCCCUCCUCCAGUACGAAGCGGAGAACAAGCAUCAGAAGGAGUUCCUUGUGCAGCCCUACAUGCUGAAGCCCAACGGCAACGUCUUCGACGAGAUCCGAAACUUUUUCAUCGACGGUGAGUGGGCCUACUCCGUUUACACCGAUGGCGUGGACUACGAAGGUUUCUGGGAGCAACCUGCGGGCAAGCUCAAAGAAGCCUGCAAGAAGUUGGCCAUUCAGACAUAUGAGGAAGUCAAGAAAGUCCACAAGUGGGAGGGCAAGCGUAUCGACUCCUUGCUCAACCGAAUCGAUAUCGGCAUCAUCCCAGACAAGUCCAAGAAGCUGGGGUACAAGAUUUUCGUCAAUGAGAUCGAGCCUCAGAUGACCACGUGGUUGGGCAGAUAUUGCCCUUUCGUGAUCCAGGACAAGGUUGCUGAGGUCUGUGUCAAGCAGGCCAGCGAGAUGUUGAAGCGCAGCCUGGCCGCCAAGCGCAAGAUGCCAUCUCCACAGAAGGUCAAAAAGCUCUUGGCUAUCCUCGAUGAGCGUCUGAAGGCUUAG